AUGGAUCAUAAUUGUGUUAUCAUGGAUCAUAAUGCCAACAUCAUGGAUCAUAAUGCCAAUAUCAUGGAUCAUAAUGGUAAUAUCAUAGAUCAUAAUGCUAAUAUCAUAGAUCAUAAUGCUAACAUCAUAGAUCAUAAUGAUCAUAAUGCUAACGUCAUAGAUCAUAAUGCUAAUGUCAUAGAUCAUUAUUCUAAUAUCAUGGAUCAUAAUGGUGUUAUCAUGGAUCCUAAGGCUAAUAUCAUGGAUCAUAAUGGUAAUAUCAUAGAUCAUAAUGCUAACAUCAUAGACCAUAAUGGUAAUAUCAUGGAUCAUUAUUCUAAUAUCAUGGAUCAUAAUGGUAAUAUCAUAGAUCAUAAUGCUAAUAUCAUAGAUCAUUAUUCUAAUAUCAUGGAUCAUAAUGGUAAUAUCAUAGAUCAUAAUGCUAACAUCAUAGAUCAUAAUGCUAACAUCAUAGAUCAUAAUGCUAACAUCAUAGAUCAUAAUGGUAAUAUCAUAGAUCAUAAUGCUAACAUCAUAGACCAUAAUGGUAAUAUCAUGGAUCAUAAUGCUAAUAUCAUAGAUCAUAAUGCUAAUAUCAUGGAUCAUAAUGCUAACAUCAUAGAUCAUAAUGCUAACAUCAUAGAUCAUAAUGCUAACAUCAUAGACCAUAAUGGUAAUAUCAUGGAUCAUAAUGGUGUUAUCAUGGAUCAUAAUGCUAACAUCAUAGAUCAUAAUGCUAACAUCAUAGAUCAUAAUGGUAACAUCAUAGAUCAUAAUGCUAACAUCAUAGAUCAUAAUGCUAACAUCAUAGAUCAUAAUGCUAACAUCAUAGAUCAUAAUGCUAACAUCAUAGAUCAUAAUGGUAAUAUCAUAGAUCAUAAUGCCAACAUCAUAGAUCAUAAUGCUAACAUCAUAGAUCAUAAUGCUAACAUCAUAGAUCAUAAUGGUAAUAUCAUAGAUCAUAAUGCUAACAUCAUAGAUCAUAAUGCUAAUAUCAUAGAUCAUAAUGCUAAUAUCAUGGAUCAUAAUGCUAACAUCAUAGAUCAUAAUGCUAACAUCAUAGAUCAUAAUGAUCAUAAUGCUAACAUCAUAGAUCAUAAUGCUAAUAUCAUGGAUCAUAAUGCUAAUAUCAUAGAUCAUAAUGCUAAUGUCAUAGAUCCUUAUUCUAAUAUCAUGGAUCAUCAUCGUAAUAUCAUAGAUCAUCAUCGUAAUAUCAUAGAUCAUCAUCGUAUGAUCAUGGAUCAUUAUUCCAAUAUCAAGACUCAUACUGCUAAUAUCAUGGAUCAUAAUGAUAAAAUAAUGGAUUAUACUGCUUAUAUUACGGGUAUUAAUUUUUAUAUAGUGGAUCAUAAUGAUAACAUCUUGGCCAUAAUGAUAAUAUCAUUGGUCCAAGAUUUAUUUGUAUAA